AUGGCUCUCGUCACCUUUGUAGGAUACCCUUCGAGUGGCAAAUCGACUCGAGCUCAGGAGCUGCAACGAUUGCUCGCUGUCAAGCUCGCGCAUCCGUCGACACCACCUCAUCUCGCCAAGCUGCAGGUCGUUGGGAUCAGUGACGAGUCGCUUCAUAUCUCCAAAUCCGCGUACGAUGGUCAGUUGGCACAUAUGCUACACUCACGCUUAACGUAUGCCUGACCUUUCCUUCGUUGCACAGACUCCCGAGCCGAGAAGCCAGCCCGGGCAACCUUGUUCAGCGCCGCGGUACGGGUUAUGCGCUCCGACACAAUCGCCAUCAUCGACGCCAUGAAUUACAUCAAAGGUAGUCGAUAUCAGAUGUACUGCGCGGCAAGGGAAGCCGGCGUCAGAACAUGUACCGUGCGUGAGAGCCGAUCUCGGAAUAGGCGACGGAAGAUUUGAUCUAACUCAGUCAUGUCGCGCUGCAGGUCUUUGUCGCGACUCCUCCGAAUACGUGUCAUGAAUGGAAUAUGACCAGGGGAGAGUCAGCGCGAUAUAACGAAGCAACGUCAGUCUUUUCCCGACUUGCCUCCAGCGCCAGUGGCAGCCUCUCAUCGAAACACCAUCCCCACAGCCUCGAAAAUCUAAUCUCUCGCUUCGAAGAACCUCGAUCAGCCGCGCGAUGGGACUCGCCAUUGAUCACAAUAGCUCACUUUGACCCGCCAUUGGACCCGACCACCGCCACAGACUCUUCGGAGGCCGCGUCCCUCGGCUCGGCCGAAGGCGAGCGGAUAUGGGACGCCAUCACCUCGGGUGACAUCAAACCGGCCAAUGUGGCAACAAUAGUCGUACGUACUUUUAAAAUAUUAGCCAUGGUAACCGUCUGAACAGGGUCUCUUCUCCGACAUACAGGUCCAGACCUCCUCCACUUCUUACCUCACCGUCCUCGAAAACACAACCACAAUCCUCAUCCAAACACUCCUCUCGCAUCAGUCCCUCUCCCCUCUCUCGGGUCCCACAAAGCUCGUCCUGCCUACCUCUCCCAAACCCAUCACCGUCGAGAUCACACUACAUCGUCCCGUCUCGAUGCCACAGCUGCAACGGUUCAAGAGGCAGUUCUCGAAAUUGAAUCAGCAGGCGGGGAAGGAGUUGCCGGUUGAGAAGAUCGGGCAGUUGUUUGCGGAUUAUGUGCAAGACGGUUUGAGGUGA